AUGCGGUACUCUAUCCAAUCUGGCAUUUUGCUGGCUGCAACUUUGUCUCCUGUUGUGGAUGCCGAGCGUGUGUUGGGUGCGUAUAUCUUCGCCCGCCAUGGAGAUCGCACCGCAAAAGUGUUCGGUAACACCCAAUUGACCGACCUGGGUUACCGGGAGGUCUUUGAUUCGGGAUCUUUUUACAACCAGCGAUACAUCUCGUCGGACUCUUCCAAGCAGAUUGAGGGCAUUAGUGCCGAUGUUGUCAACCCAAAGCAGAUCAGUGCCUCUGCUCCCUCGGAUGCCGUACUGCAGAACUCCGCCACUGGCUUCCUGCAGGGCACCCUGGGCAAUGGAAGCUCGGUCGAAGCACCAUUGAACGGCUACCAGCUCAUUCAGCUGGCACCUGCCACUACAAGCAAGAACGCCGAGGAUUCCACCUGGCUGCAGGGUUCCAGUGGAUGCCAGAAGGCAACCCUAAGCAGUAACAACUACUUUUCUUCCGAAAUGUACACCUCGCUGCUGUCCUCGACAAAGGACUUCUACCAAUCUCUUUCCCCUAUGCUAGAUGGCACAUUUGCCUCGUCUGACAUGACCUUCAAGAACGCCUAUACCAUCUUCGACUACUUGAACGUCGGCAAAAUCCAUAACUCUACCAGUCAAUUCCCUCACAAGUCAGACCUGACCGAUGAGGUAUACCACCAGCUGCUUGCUCUAGCUGGUACCCAUCAAUUCAACCUGGCUUAUAACGCCUCCGAUAAAGUGCGCGCCAUCGACGGUGCUGUCCUGGCAGGCGAAAUCUUGGCCGGACUCAACGAGACCAUCGCUACCAAGGGCGAGACCAAGCUGAACAUCGGAUUCGGCUCUUAUGGCACCAUGUUCUCUCUCUUCGGUCUUUUGCAGAUGCCUGCUGCAUCGAUCGACUUCACUGGAAUCCCGGACUACGCCUCGUCAAUGGUCUUUGAACUGGUGACAAACGCCAGCGGCACCGACUUCCCAACUGACAAGUCCGACAUCAGCGUGCGCUUCAUGUUCCACAAUGGUACUAUCACGGGCUCAUCUGAGCCUACUGUAUACGCCCUGUACGGCCAGCCAAGCAAGCUUCUCUCCUGGGACGAGUUUUCCUCGAAGACCAAAGAGAUUGCUGUUACUUCCGAUGACGAGUGGUGUGCCGUGUGCGGCAACACAGACGGCAAGUGCGCUAGUUCGGACAGUACCAGCGGCGACUCCAGCUCUGCUAGCACCUCUAGCACUAAUGGCUCGGGAAUGUCACUCGCCGUGGCAGGUGUCAUUGGUGCCAUGGUUACCCUCGCAGUGAUUCUUGGUCUGCAGGCUAUAUUCUUCCUGCUUGGUGGAUUCCGCAUCGCAAAGCGGAACAAGGCUCUCUCUGAAAUGAGCUCGUCUGAUGUUAUGGAGGAUAAAAAGGUUUAG